GGCCGUGACUUCUCAACUCUCACCAGCAGCGUUCUCUUUUUGGUCAUUCGUCUGACUGUCUGUUCGUCUGUUUAAUGACCAAGCGGGAGUGCGUUUGGAGAUAAAAGUGUUCUUAUUGCGAAAGAAAAAAGUGCGAAUUGGAACGCUCCCGUGAAAGUGUGCACUUCGUGUGUGAAUCCCCCCGAACGGCAACACAACACGAUACUCCACUCAGCCCAAAAUGAUGAUGGAUUCGAAGCAUUCAAUCCGGAAAUGAAACAACAUCAAUGCAGUGUCGGGAAGUUAUUCAGAACUUGGUUUCGCCACUAACGUUUCACCGCCAUCCUCUCAUCAUCAUCAUCAUCAUCAUCAUCAUCAUCAUCGGCUUUACCACACUCUCAUACAAUAUUGCCAUCACACGUGCGGAAGAAGUAAGGCGGUUGCAACCAACAACGGUCCUGCUCGCAAAUGCUUUCACGGACGAGUGACCACAAGCAUGGCUCGGUGGGUGGUGGGCUUUGGCCCAAACCAAGAAGCAUACCAGGGAGUCCAAAAGCUGCGGAAACAUAUUAGCAAGAAUCGUUCGCUCCGCGCUGCGGCUUCCCUCAAUUUGUCGCCUGGGUGGCGACGAUUUGACAGGUCGAGGAGAAGAAAAAAAAACAUGCAACACAUCAAAACAAACACGACACGGCCGGAACGACACGAAGGCAAUCGCCGUUUCUACUCCCCAAAAGUAUCGUUUCGCAUUCAAUAUAAUACAAAAUGCAGCCGGUAGACGAGAAAGAGGACUACAUUCAACAGCGAUUGAACAAAGUGCUGGAAUCACGCAUCGAAACAGACCGCGAAACGCUGGACGCACUGUCGGAUCUGUCCACCUUCUUCAAGGAAAACACUCUUCAAUCGCGUCGUAACUUGAGAUCGCAAAUCGAGAAGAGAAGUCUGGAAAUCAAUCAGAACUUUUUAAGCGCCUUCAAGGAAGUGAAGGAAGCGCUGGACGGUAUCUGCGAUGACAUCAACUCGAUGAGCCAAUCGGUCGAGAGCAUGAAGUCGCAGCUGCGUAACACCGAAGCCCAAACGAAGGACCUCAUCCAGCAGGCAAACACCUUGCAGGAAGAAAAUGCAAAGCUGCAGAUCCAGCAAAAGAUUGCGAGUGGGUUUCUGUCCCGUUUUCAGCUGUCCGUCGCCGAACACCAGAUGCUGUACGGAGCGAAACGGGAUGCACCGAUUACGGCCGAGUUUUUUCAGGUGCUGGAUCGAGUUCAGCGCAUUCAUACCGACUGUCGGACAUUGAUGCAGAGUGGAUAUCAAACGGUAGCGCUGGAUAUAAUGGAGGAGAUGACGUUGCACCAGGAAGCGGCACUGGAACGAUUGUACCGAUGGACACAGUCCCACUGUCGCAAUGUGGAGUCCAACGAGAUGGGUGUACUGAUCGUGGAAGCGAUGGCAAGAUUGCAGGAGCGACCAGUGCUAUUCAAAUAUGUCAUUGAUGAGUACUCCACCGCGCGUCGUUCGGUGGUUGUGCGAAGUUUCAUCGAUGCCCUCACAAUAGGCGGCCAGGGAGGAAAUCCACGCCCGAUCGAGAUGCUUGCGCACGACCCGAAGCGCUACAUUGGCGAUAUGUUUGCGUACAUCCAUCAAAUAUUGCCUCCGGAAAAGGAAAGCCUGCAAAUGUUGGUGCGGAACUGUGACAAGGAGGACAUUUCCGAGCAGAUUCAAUCGGCCAUGAUAAACUUGUCCGAUGGGGUGUGCCAUCCGCUGCGUGUGCGCGUGGAGACGAUCCUGAACGCGGAGAAGGACACCAUCAUUCUGUACUCCAUCUUCAAUCUGAUCAAGUUCUACCAGAACAUGAUAAAUGGCAUCGUGAAAGGUGGUCAGCUGGAGCAGUGCAUGGCCGAUAUGCAGCUGUUCUCCGAGACGACGUACCUCAACAGUCUUACAUUCCAGGUGAAGCAGCUGCUUCAAGGUCCGAACGAAAAUCGCUUGGGACUGGAGCCCCCGCAGACGGAUCUGGUCCCAUCGCCUAGCGUCGGGCGACUUUUGAAUCUGCUGAAGGAGAUCCUUUCCGUUGCCAGCAUGGUUGCCGGUAGUCAGACGGACAUUGUGAAGAUUGUCGGCUGUGUCAUUGAUCCGCUGCUGCAGUCGGUACAAGAGUCGGCCUCCCAUCUGCCCACAACGGACAUGGCUGUGUAUCUGCUGAACUCGCUGUAUCAGAUAGAAAGUGUCAUUUCGAUCUACGAGUACAUGGAGGAGCGGCUGGAACGGCUGCGUGCUCAGUCGGACGCUCAGAUCGAUACGCUGACCUCGGAGCAGGCCUCAUCACUGGUGGCGACUAAUCUGGGCCCCAUUUACACCGUGCUCCAGGGGAAUGCUUCACAGAUCGAUCAAAGACAUCUGCAGACCUUUGUUGUUAAAUUGGAACAAUUUCUCCAAACUCCUGAAAUACUGCUAGUCCCGCAGGUGAAUCUGCUGCUCAGCAGCGGACAUCGAGCAACGGUGCAGAAGCGAUCGUUCAACGUAAUCAUUGCAAUCUAUCGUCAAAUUUACGAGCGCAUCAACGAUCCCAAAAAUGGGUACACGAAUCCGGAAACCAUUCUUUCCAAAACGCCGGAACAAGUAGCAGAGCUUCUUUGCGGGUAAGUGUACUCUCCCCGGGAGGUAGGGGAGGAUGGAUGGUCAAACGAUUUAAUGUUUUAAAAUAAA